AUGGUUCCCAGCCAAAUCGUAUCCCAAGAGCCCACGGUAGCCCUUCCGAAUGAUGAUUCCCACCGGUACAGUCUCCCGAUGUUUGAUCUUCAACCGUGGGAAAGAGUCGACGAGAUUCACCUGGCACGCCAGGGAUAUCUCUACGGCCCUCCUCUCCUAGGAAACACAUCCUUCUUCCCCACCGGGGUGCUAGGCGAUGCUAUGGUAGCGCGUGACCGAGCGCAAUGGUUCAAAGAUGUGGAAUAUGUGACCGAUAAUGUAUAUUCGGAAUUACAGAAGGCAGCGGGGACACUCAUGAAGGCGGGUGGCAUUCAGUCGCUCACUGACUACGAGCUCCUCUACAAAGACCAAUGGAUUUCUACCAUCCCCGAUGGAGUUGCCCCGGGAAUGUUGAGUAAUUGGACUCAAGACUUACUGUUUUCGAUGGAACGCCUCUCCGUCAACCCGUACGUGGUGCGGCGGCUGCAUCCUGAGAACGACCCUCUCCCUUUUGAGAUGGCGGAUGGAAUGGCGCAACUCUUGGCGGAAGGAAGAAGCCUCACGGAGCUACACCGUGAAGGACAUCUAUUCUUUGCCAAUCACUCCUAUCAAGCACCCUAUCCUAAGACACCCGGACGGUGGACCGCCGCCUGUACAGCCUACUUCUUCAUUCAUCCUCACUCGGGUCACUUCCUUCCUCUCGCCAUCAAAACCAACAUGGGGAGUGAUCUCAUCUAUACCCCGCUCGACGAGGCCAACGACUGGUUGUUCGCCAAGAUGGCGUUCAGUAUGAACGAUCUCUUCCAUUCGCAGCUCUACCACUUAGCUCAAACCCAUGAUGUGGCCGAACCCGUGCACCAAGCCGCAUUGCGCACGAUGAGUGUCCGGCAUCCUAUCCGUGGCUAUCUUGAUCGCUUGAUGUACCAAGCAUACUCCGUCCGUCCCAUUGGAGAGGAGUUUCUCUUCGACGAUGGAGGGUUCUACGAUAGUUCCUUUGCGGUGCCAAACUGGGCGGGCAAGAGAUUCGCGACAGAGGCUUAUUGGGGCCAUGCGGGCCACUUUAGGGCAGCGGGGUUCUACCGGGACUUUGCGGACCGGGGGCUGGUCGACUGUACGUAUGGGCCGGCACUGAAGUCGCUUCCGUUCUUCGAGACGGUGGCUCCCAUGGUGGCGGCCAUCGAGGAGUUUACACGAACGUUUGUGGACACGUACUAUCCGGCGAGCGGACUGCUGGGACAGGACCACGAGCUGCAGGCGUGGAUCCUCGAGGCGACCCACGAGGCGCAGGUGAUCGACUUCUACCCUUCCCCGUUGCUGGCACCGAAUGACCUUGUUGCCCUACUCUCUCACAUGGCAUUUCUAUCCGGGAUCGCCCACCACGCUCUGAACGGGGCGACGGUGGGAGAGGCGCUGGGCGUGCUGCCACUGCACCCCUCCGCUUUCAAUCGCCCACUUCCCGAGACCGAAGGAUCCAUUGACUCCCUGCUGCCGUGGCUGCACAAUGAGACCGAGGCGCUGAAGCAAGCCUCGCUGCUCGUGCGGUUCAAUCGACCCUUGCUCGAGGAGCAGAAGGGCAACCUCCCGCAUAUGUUCUCGGAGCCCAGCCUUUUAUCCGAGAGUUCGGUUCGGACAGCGGAGAGGACGUUCCGGACCACAAUGGAAGGGAUCAGUGAUGAGAUUCGGGCGAGACAGUUUGACGAGCACGGUCUGUCCCAGGGAAUGCCUUUUAUCUGGCGGUCCAUUGAUCCACGCAGAAUUCCAUAUUAUCUAUGUGUGUAA